GCUCUUGUUUCACCAGAAAGAGGACAGAGAUGAUGGAAAGUAUUAAGGUCUAUACAUCCACAUCCAGCUCUGUGACCCAUGCUCGGGUCCUGCUCAUUGGACCAGUUGGAGCUGGAAAGUCCAGCUUCUUCAAUUCUAUCAACUCUGUAUUCAGAGGCCACGUCAGCAACCAGGCCAGCGCUGGCUGCUUGACCACCAGCCUCACCACACAGUUUCGCACCUACUCAGUGAAAGCUGGACAAGCAGGAAAAUCUCUGCCAAUCACCUUGUGUGAUACCAUGGGAUUGGAGGAAAACAUGGGGGCGGGGCUUGACAUGGAUGACAUCAUCAGCAUUCUCAAAGGUCAUCUGCUAGACAGUUAUCAGUUCAACCCCUCGGCUCCUCUGCUUUCAGAGGCCAGCGGCUACCGCAAGUCUCCUGGGCUCAAGGACAAGAUCCACUGCGUGGUCUACGUCAUUGAUGCCUGCAAAGUCUCCAUCAUGCCCACAAAGCUGGAGCAGAAGCUGGAAGCUAUCCGCAGAAAGGUCAACUUAAUGGGGAUUCCUCAGCUGGUCCUGAUGACUCAAGUGGAUGAAGUGUGCCCUUUGGUUUCACAGGACAUUAGGAACAUUUAUAGAAGCGGCUACAUCAAGAAAAUGGUGAGAUCAACUUUAAAUUGUAAUUUUAUUCUGAUGAAAAAAGUGUAAAUUUUGGCCCUGUUUGUAAAUUUUGGAUACUUAGUUUUGGCCUUGAGGGAAGAAUAUAAGACACACAGUCAAUUUAAAUCAUCCCAUUUUCAUUUCAUUUAGCUUUUGUUGUCUUUUUCAGUUCUGCUCUUGUGUUUUUGUCUCAUUAUUUUUUAUAUUUUACUUUCUCCUAACAGUGUUUUAUUAAUUUAAUACUACUUAAGCAGUAAAGUCGCAGGUAUACACCAAUAAAGUUCUUGUUGAAUUAUAAUGGGCAGUCAUAACCUACACAAAUACAAAACACGUUCAACUUUUUCACUGUCGGAAAAAACAUGUGAUUUAACCUAAAUUAAUGCAAUUCUUUGUCUCGUUUUGUCAAAGUAUAAACAGACUGGGGAGAACUGAUAAUGAUAGUUACAUUUGAGUAGUACGUUCUGUGAGUUACCACAAAGUGUAUAAAUAAACAAAACAACAUGUUAUCUAACAAU